CUGCAGCACAACAAGAACACUACUUAAAGACCCUCCACAGCUACUUGUUCAAUCUCUACAUCCCUGCAAGCAGCUUCCAGUAUUUCUUUUAGAAAAAAAAAAGUUUAUUAUGGGACAUAAAGCACCAAAAAGGGCUGACCAAACACAUAGCAAUGGAGUAAGAGGGCAAAAUGGACAGAUUAUAUUUGUACGUGAAUAUGAGCCUGCAGACAAACCAGUUGUGCAGCGGAUUUUUAUUGAAGGCCUGAUGGAGAUGGUACCAGAUACUGCUUUUAGAGGUUUGAGACAUCACCCUGAGAGUCUCCUCCUUUAUGCUGCCAUGACAGUUCUAUGUUUUGUCAUCACCAUGUGGUGGUGGGUGAUAGGACUCCUCCCAGCAAUUGUGGUUUGUUCGCGUUACUUCUACAGCAGACGUGUGAUCCAGGGCUACCUGACGCAAGCAAUGAACACAGACAUGGGAGACAUCGAGGGGUUUUACAUGAAAUCACCAGGCUCCUGUCUGUGGGUAGCGGUGCUGGACGACCAUGUGGUUGGCGUUGUAGCAGCAGUUGGCCAGCUGGAUUCAGGUGGUGCUGUCGAGCUGCAGCGGAUGUCCGUUGACCAGAGAUAUCGGCAGUGUGGAAUCGGUGUUGCGUUGGGACAGAAAGUUGUGGAGUUUGCUGCUGCCCAUGGAUACUCUUCAGUUGUCCUGGGAACCACAGCAUACUCACCAGCAGCUCACAAGCUCUACCAGGGCCUGGGAUUCUGCUGUGUGGGGGUCACCAAUGGGUACGUCACACCAGGGGCAAGGCAGUGCUUACUGGAACAAAUUUUCUACAGGGUCAGGCAUCAUCACUACAGGCUCAACAUGCAAAAAAGCAAGAUCCUUUGAAAUGUACAACGCUGAGUUCAGCGGCAGAGCAGAUGGCUGACUAGAAAACUCAGAUUCUCAUGCUGAUUUUUGAGUACAUUUAACCCUGUCAGUAAGGAACAGGAAAUUCAUGGAAAACAUAAAAUUGUCUGGGUGACUUUGAACAGUUGUGUAUACACUACCAGUCAAAAAUUUGGACACACAUUCUCUUUCAAUGUUAUUCUUUAUUCAGUUAUUUUGUACAUUUUGUACAUUGUAAAUAAAUACCGAAGACAUCAAAGCUACAAACAAAUUCACAUGGAAUUAUGUGGUAAACAAAAAUUAAUAGAAAAUAAUGCAAGCAAAUAAAUACAAAGCAAUGAAUGAAAAGGUGUGUGUGUGUGUGUGUGUGUGUGUCUAUAUAUAUAUAUAUUAAAAAAAAAAUAUAUAUAUAUAUAUAUAUAUAUAUAUCCAUCCAUCCAUCCAUCCAUUAUCUAUACACCGCUUAAUCCUCACUAGGGUCACGGGGGGGCUGGAGCCUAUCCCAGCUGACUCAGGUGAAGGCAGGGGACACCCUGGACAGGUCGCCAGUCUGUCGCAGGGCCACAUACAAAGACAAACAAUCACUCUCACAUUCACACCUACGGGCAAUUUAGAAUGAUCAAUUAACCUCAGCAUAUUUUUGGACUGUGGGAGGAAGCCGGAGUACCCGGAGAAAACCCACGCAUGCACAGGGAGAACAUGCAAACUCCAUGCAGAAAGAUCCCGGGAAAGCCGGGAUGCAAACCAGGGACCUUCUCGCUGCAAGGCGAAAGUGCUAACCACUACGCCACUGUGCAGCCCCUAUAUAUAUAUAUAUAUAUGAGAUAGAGAAAGACUUUACAUCUUGUACCUUGUAUUCUUUUUGAUAUCUUUUUUUACUACUAACCCCUGUGCAGUUGUAUAUAUUCCACUAACCUUUGUUUAGUGUCUAUUGUAUUGUACUCUAUCUUAUUUUAUCUUUUAUGUUCUAUAAAACGUAUAAACGUAUAAAAUGUAUAAAAAUGUCUAUCUAUCUCUCUCUCUCUCUC